AUGAAGUGGACUUUGGCUAUUUUACUACUCUACUUGAUCCACAAUAUUAAGUGCGAGCAAUCCUAUGUGGUUAGCAAUGAAAAACUGGAACCCUUUGAGGGCGAUUCCGAAACCUUGGUGAUCUUCAGUGGCCUGAAAACUGUCGGUCGGGAGAGGGCCCUUAAUGGAUCCUUUAAGUUCCUGGGUGAAAUGAACAAUGAUGACUUUAAGGUUUCGGUGGAACUCUAUUCCAGUCCCAAUGGCGAUGGUGACUUUAAACGAAUGGUCAUGGAUGUUCCUCCUACGAGCAUUUGCGAAUGUUUCAAAAAGUUCUAUGUCCAAUUCGUUCAACCUUCGUUGAAAAGUGGAGAGACUACUAAUUUCCCAAUGGUCGAUGAGGAUACCUGCCCCAUUCCCGAAGGUGAUUUCUAUAUUAAAAAUAUUCUCUUCAAUACCGAAGAUUGGCCGCAGCAGGUGCCACGGGGUAUUGUCAAGGCAAUCAUUACGUUUUUUAACGCUGGCAAAAAUGUUGGAGGCUUGAUAGUGGUUGUCAAAAUUGACGAUCGACAAAGUUAAAAAGUACUUAAAAGUUGGAUUUUGAUCUUCUGAUUGUAGAAGAAAAAAAAAUGUGAAGAUGAGUACAAACAUUGAAGAGAUCUAGAGAGAGAGUAGAUGAGUUUACCUUAUAUAUAACCCCUUUAUAUAA